UAUAUAUAUAUAUAUAUAUAUAUAUAUAUAUCGAAGUAGCUCACCUCGACUUGGUCAUUUGAAAAGUAACUCGCCUGCUGAAAAAGUCCGGGCACCCCUGGUUUGAAUCAUUCUUGACACAUUGUAGUAACAAUAACAAAUUAAUACCAAGUCAACUGUCAAAUUGCAUGUAUUAUUGUAUUCCUGUAUAUGGACGUUUCACUAUAGCAGGCCAUAUGCUCAUAUGAUAGUGAGGUUCAUUUUGUAAAGUGUGCAGUAUUCUGCAGUUCAUGUGUUUGGACUGCCAGGGCCGCUAUUGACUAUGAAAUCCCCUCCUCUCCUUGUCCAAUAUCCAGCACACAAAGAUCCACACAAUCACUUCAGCAGAGCAGGGCGCAGGGAGACAUCAUUGCUGCUAUUUUAUCUUUCAAGCAACAAUUCCGCAUGCACUAUUUGUUCCAUCGGAAGGAUUUAAACACGCUUUUGUUUCUCAUUUGGACGGACGCGCGCCGGAUGGAAUAAUGAAGCGGCAAGUAGGAUUUCUUUUGUUCAUCUGUGCGUGUUUUGUCGGCUCGGUUACCGGGCAGGUCUCCUACUCCAUCCCGGAGGAAAUGAGCAAGGGUUCUCUGGUCGGGAACAUAGCGCAUGAUUUAGGCGUGCCGGUGAAAAGACUGAAGUCCGGUAAAGCGCGCAUCUACUCGGAGGACAAUGCGGAUUACAUGGAGCUGAACAGAGAAAGGGGAGUGCUGGUCGUGAAGGAGAGAAUGGACCGGGAGGCGCUGUGCGGCCAGACGACGCCUUGCGCGUUCCAUCUGCAGAUCACGCUGGAGGAUCCCAUCGAAUUCUACACGGUCACCGUCGAAAUUAGCGACAUUAACGACAACGCCCCCGCCUUCAAAAGGGAUGAGAUGACGUUUAAAAUAAGUGAGACGGCUGCGAUUGGAGCAAAAUUCGUGCUGGAAAGAGCUGUGGAUUUAGACGUUGGUGUGAACGGAUUGCAGGGAUACUCCUUAAAGCCCACAGAGCACUUUCAUCUGAAAAUACAAAAUCAGCAGGAUGGAAGUAAAAGGGUGGAGAUGGUUUUGAAAAAAGCUCUAGAUCGAGAAGCUAAAGAACAGCUGUCUUUAAUUCUCACUGCGGCUGAUGGCGGAGAUCCGCAUCUGACAGGAACAAUGCGCGUAGAAAUUGCCGUUCUGGAUGCAAACGACAACGCGCCUGUUUUUACGCAGGAGACAUAUAGAGUCACUGUGGCGGAGACCGCUCCAAAGGGCACCAUUUUGAGCACCGUGAGUGCUGUAGAUGCUGAUGAAGGCUCCAAUGGAGAAGUGUCAUACUCAAUAACCAACACAUUGGAUGAAAUUAUGUUUGAAAUUAAUGAGGAAACCGGUGUGGUGUCUUUAACCGGAAUCUUAGAUUAUGAAAAGGUGCAUCGUUAUGAAAUAUUUGUGCAAGCUAGUGAUGAAGGAGGGCUGACAGAUUCGUGCAAAAUUAUUGUAGAGGUGACUGACACAAAUGAUAACCCUCCCUCUAUAAACGUCAUGUCUAAAACGAGUUCUAUCUCGGAGAAUUCUACGCCGGGGACCGUGGUGACUAUUUUUAAUGUGCAGGAUCCUGACUCGGGGGACAACGGCAAUGUUGCGUGUUUUAUUGAUGAAAACGUGCCUUUUCUGAUGAAAAGUACAUCUAAAAAGUUUUUUAGCUUGGUGACCGACGGUGAAUUGGACCGAGAGAGGUCAAGUGAGUAUAACAUCACAGUGAUGUGCUCCGAUGAGGGAGUGCCCUCCCUCUCCAGCAGCGUCACUCUCACCUUACACAUCUCAGAUGUGAACGACAACGCACCUGUCUUUGAGAGGAGCUCUUAUGAGGCUUCCAUUGUAGAAAACAACACUCCAGGUCUUUCUAUAUUCACAGUGAAAGCCAGAGACGCUGACUGGAACCAAAACGCGCGUCUCUCUUACAUGCUGGAGGACUCCUCUGUUAACGGAGUGCCAGUCUCCUCAUAUGUGUCUGUUAGUGCUGAUAGUGGAGUCAUCCAUGCAGUGCGCUCUUUUGACUUCGAGCACCUGAAAGAGUUUAAUUUUCACGUCAGAGCUCAGGAUGGAGGUUCUCCUCCUCUCAGUAGCAAUGUGAGCGUUCGUAUCCUGAUCCAGGACCAGAACGACAACACCCCCCAGGUUCUUUACCCAGUCCAGACUGGUGGCUCGGUGCUGGCUGAAAUGGUGCCUCGUUCUGCAGAUGUGGGCUAUCUGGUGACUAAAGUGGUGGCUGUGGAUGUGGACUCUGGACAGAACGCCUGGCUCUCCUAUAAAGUGCACAAAGCCACAGACAGGGCGCUGUUUGAAGUGGGCCUACACAAUGGAGAAAUAAGAACUGUCCGCCAAGUCACUGAUAAAGAUGCCGUCAAACAAAGACUGAGUGUUCUAGUGGAGGACAACGGGCAGCCCUCUCGUUCAGCUACAGUCAUUGUUAACGUGGCGGUGGCGGACAGCUUCCCUGAAGUGCUGUCAGAGUUCACUGAUUUUAGCAUGCACGACAAGGAGUACAAUGACAAGCUGACUUUUUACUUAGUCUUGGCUUUGGCUGUGGUCUCCUUCCUCUUCAUCACCUGCUUGCUGCUCAUCAUAUCAGUCAAAGUGUACAGGUGGAGACAGUCUCGCGUCCUGUACCACUCCAACCUCCCUGUCAUUCCAUAUUAUCCACCACGUUACUCGGACACUUUGGGGACAGGGACUCUCCAACACGUGUACAAUUACGAGGUGUGCAGGACCACCGACUCCAGGAAAAGUGACUUUAAGUUGGACAGAGCUGCUAGUCACAACGUGCUGGUGAUGGACCCCAGUUCUACAGGAACCAUGCAGAAGAUACACAGUGAAAGGAACAUCCUGGAUGAACCUGACUCUCCUCUAGAGGUUGGUCACUUCUGUUUUGCACUAACUAAACAAUAGAUUUUUCUAUUUGAAUGUUAUACAUGUAAUGCAUGGCUGUAGAUCAGUGUUUUUCAACCUUUUUUGGGCCGUUGAAAAAAUGCGGAGGCACACCACCAGCAGAAAUCAUUAA